AUGGAGAGGAAGAGGAGGAGGACAGACAAGAAGCUGAGGAUGAAGAGCAGGGAGGACAAAUCCCCACAGCAGAACCUUGUGGAAGAAGCUGUUUUGAGCAGCUCCACAGCACAGGAAUCCAACGGAGAGGAAAAACCCCGGAGAUCCCGCACGAGGAGGGGCUGCAAACGCAGUUCUCAGGGAUCUGAGGGGGAAAGGCCCACCCUGGACUGGGGAGGCACCUGGAGCUCAGAGCUGGUGGUCCAUGAGCAGCUUCAGAGUAAGGAGAAGCCCCAGAAGUGCUUGAAACAUGGGAAGAGCUUCAGCCAGAAAUCCAACCUGAUCUGCCACAUGAGAAUCCACACAGGGGAGAGGCCCUAUAUAUGUGAGGAGUGUGGGAAGAGCUUCAGACGGAGAUCCAACUUGACUGUCCACCUGAGGAGCCACAUCAAGGAGAGGUCUUACAAAUGUGAGGAGUGUGGGAAGAGCUUCAGCCAGAUCUCCCACCUGACCGUCCACAUGAGGAGGCACACUGGGCAGAAACCGUACGAGUGUGAUAAAUGCAGAAAGGGGUUUCAGACCAGCUCUGAUCUCCUCAGGCACCAGCACACUCACACAGAGGAGAGGCCCUUCCUCUGCCCCGACUGUGGGAAAGGCUUCAAGUACAACUCCUCCCUUGUCAGCCACCAGCACAUGCACACCCGGGAGAGGCCCUAUGAGUGUCCUGAGUGUGGGAAGAGAUCCACCCACGAGUCGAACCUGAUUGUCCACAAGAGGAUCCACACUGGCGAGAGGUCUUACGAGUGUGGGGAGUGUGGGAAGAGCUUCUGCCAGCGCUCCCACCUGAUCUACCACCUGAGGAGCCACACUGGGGAGAAGCCCUAUGAGUGUGAUAAAUGCAGGAAGAGGUUUCAUACCAGCUCUCAUCUUGUCAGGCACCAGAGGAUUCACACGGAUGAGCGGCCCUUUCGCUGCCCUGACUGCGGGAAGGGCUUCAGGGACAACUCCACCCUCGUCACCCACCAGCGCAUCCACAGCGGGGAGAGGCCCUAUGAGUGUCCGGAGUGUGGGAAGAGCUUCUCUCAGAGCUCUAUCUUGAGCAGACACCAACGCGUCCACAGCGGGGAGAGGCCCUACGAGUGUCCUGAGUUUGGAAAGAGCUUCACCCAGAACUCCACCCUGACUGCCCACCUGAGGACCCACACGGAGGAACGACCCUAUGAGUUUGCAGAGUGUGGGAAGAGCUUCAGGACGAGCUCUGAACUGACCAUCCACCAGAGAAACCACACUGGGGAAUGGCCUUUUGAGUGUGGGGAAUGUGGGAACAGCUACCAGAGGAGAAGCCACCUGACCUGCCACAUGGAAGUCCACACAGGGCUGGAACAGCCCUACAAAUGUGGGCAGUGUGGGAAGAGCUUCAUGUCAAAGUCCCACCUGAUUGGCCACCAGAGGAUCCACACUGGGGAGACGUCCUAUGAGUGUGUUAAAUGCAAGAAGAGGUUCCAGACCAGCUCCUUUCUCCUCCUGCACCAGCAGCUUCACACAGAUGAGAGGCCCUUCCGCUGCCCUGACUGCGGGAAGGGCUUCAAGUAG